GGGAACACAGACACAUGUAAACUUUACACAGAACUCCAGGCUGAAAGACGAGAAGACACAGACCUAUUUCCCCCGCUCUGGAUGCACCACUGAGACGACUGGCAGCACCGAGCAAAGAUCAGCCGACAGGAGGGGUGGCAGUGAAGAGCAGGACUGCCUGCUAGAGGAGCCCACGUGCUUCUUUUCCCCCUCUCUCGCUGCACCCUAAGCUGCUGUUCAUGGAGGACUGGAGUGCAUGAGGAAUACCACUCUGCUGCAGUCCCCUACAUCCUGAAGCCACCCCGCCAAAUCUGGGACCAUGUCUGGAGGCUACGACGAGUACGCCAGCCAGGAGGAGGCCACGGACAGUUUCUGGGAGGUUGGGAACUACAAGCGCACAGUGAAGCGCAUCGAUGAUGGUAAUCGACUCUGCAAUGACCUAAUGAACUGCAUCCAGGAGCGUGCCAAAAUCGAGAAAGGCUACGCACAGCAGCUCACUGAUUGGUCCAAGAGAUGGAGGCAGCUGGUUGAUAAAGGUCCUCAGUAUGGCUCGGUGGAGCAAGCCUGGAUGGCAAUGAUGUCAGAGGCGGAAAAGGUGAGCGACCUCCACACAGAAAUGAAGAACCACCUAAUGAGUGAAGACUUUGAGAAGGUGAAGAACUGGCAGAAAGACUCGUACCACAAACAGAUGAUGGGAGGAUUCAAGGAGACCAAAGAGGCAGACGAAGGCUUUAAGAAGGCCCAGAAACCCUGGGCCAAGAAGCUGAAAGAGGUCGAGGUUGCUAAGAAGUCAUACCACAUGGCCUGCAAAGAGGAGAAGCUAGCCACCACCAGAGAGGCCAACACUAAGGGAGACGGCACGACGCAGGCAGAGCAGAAAAAGCUGCAGGACAAACUGGAAAAGUGCAAACAAGACUCACAGAAGACGAAGGAAAAGUAUGAAAAGGCUCUGGAUGAGCUGGAUAAGUGCACCCCUCAGUACAUUGAGAACAUGGAGCAGGUGUUUAACCAGUGGCAGCAGUUUGAAGAGAAGAGGCUGAGCUUCCUGAGGGAGGUGCUGCUGGAUGUCAAACGUCACCUCAACCUGACAGAGAACCAAAGUUAUGUCACAAUAUACAGAGAUCUUGAGCGGGUGAUUACUGCAGCCAGCCCUGAAGAAGAUCUGAAGUGGUUUGGUAGUAUCCACGGCCCUGGCAUGCACAUGAACUGGCCAAAGUUUGAGGAGUACAAUCCAGAUCUUAUCCACACCAUCUCUAAGAGAGAAAAGUCAAAGAAGUUUAACGAUGAAGUCAUGCUGACUAAUAUCAAGACACCAGGAAGCAACGUUCAAGCAGAAGACAGGGGAAGCGUGAGCAGCUACGAGAAGAACCAGGCGUACUCGUCCAAUGAGUGGUCAGAUGAUGAAGGGAAGGGCCUGAACUCGGGCAGCGACACCAACGGAGGGUCAAACCCUUUUUAUGAAGAAUCGGGCGAAGGCGUCAGAGUCAAAGCGCUGUACGACUAUGAAGGCCAAGAGCAAGACGAGCUUAGCUUCAAAACAGGUGAUUUGCUGAUGAAGCUGGAAGACGAGGACGAUCAGGGCUGGUGUAAAGGUCGCCUGGAUAACGGCCAGCUCGGUCUUUACCCUGCCAAUUAUGUGGAGCCGAUCUAAACGUCCCCAGCCGAGGACGCUCAAAAUCCGGACUGAACUGUCCACUCACGCCCGCACAUUGCCAGAGACUUCAAAGCAAACCUUUCUUUUCCCGAAAAGGAGCAGCAAGCUGUCGUCAUCGUAAAGAGGAUUGCUCAAACUCACAUCACCUCCAGUUCCAACAACUGAAGCGACACGUUGUUGUCUCUGAGUUUGCUGUCAGCCGUGAUGCUCUUCUCUCAUGAGAAAUCGAAUAAGGCGCCGGGGUAUCAAGAAUGAGCUGUGCAUUUAUGUAUUUUAAUCUCUUUUUUUUACCAUCUGGAUGCUUGUACAGUUUGUUUCUUUAUAAAAUACACUGUUUUCUUCCUUAGUAUUUACACUACGUUUAGCAUUUUUGGAAGUGUAUGUGCGUUUCAUCUUGUAAAGUUCAAUUGGAGAAUUUAAACCACUUUCAAAACUGCAUGGCCUGCAAAAUGUUAGGUUUGCUUAAAAUUGGCUUUCAGGCUCACACAAAUGUAACAAAAUGCCUCCCAGCGAGCAGAGGGCCAGGAACAAGACAAACAUACCACAACUGUCUAAACACUUCAUUUUUUUAGUUUGUCGCAGAAUCAUGUGUGAAGUCCUGCAUACAAACUGAAGGCACCAGUGUUAAGCUUGUGAUUUAAUCAGUCAAAAGUGGAACUGACCUUUGACCCUUGAAAUAAAGUAAGCGGACUUUUUCGAUGUCAAAUAACUGUUACUAUUGCUGGAUAAGUAGGCUUGGUUAUUUUGAAUAAUCACGCUUACAAACAAAACACAUAAAACAGUUAAACUUAAUCGUGGAUCAACUGCUUUUAAUUAUAGUUCUGUUGAAAAGUUCUUAUGCACUCACCAUGGGCAUGAACAAGGAUGUGAUGCACAAGUUUGAAUUUAUUCCAACAUUGGGGCAAAAUUAUACAUAUAAGCUCAAGUAUGUACAUACACUACCAGUAACAUUUGGUUAAAUAUCCCAUAAAAAGUUGGUCUUUACAGAUAUCAACAAGCUUGUGGCGUAAUCUGACUGGAUGUUUGACUAUUCUUAUUAUUAAAGUUUGCUUAAAACUGUUUGGUUUUUUGUUGUAGACCCAGCUUUUAAUUAUAGUUCAUAGAAUUUUAGUGGGGUUGAAAUGACAACCUGCCAGCCUGCUUCAUUUAUCCUGUUUGAAUUCCCAAUUUGGUCUAUAAAUUUUGACCAUCUUUCAGAGUCAAAUAAUAAUAUUGACAUGGAAUAAAAUUUGGAUCUGACCAAAGAUUAAGGGAUUAAGAUUAACCUUAAAUGCAGGAAUUUUUGGAAUAGUAAAAGUCAUGCUUUCAACUUCCAUCCAAUUUGUUCACCUUCCUUCCUCAGAUCAGUAUCGGUGUGUGUGUGUGUGUGUGUGCGUGUGGGUGUGUGCGUGGGUGUGUGUGUGUGUUGGAGCUUGUAUUUGUAAUUCUGACCUGUGCAUUAGGAUAAUUGAAAAUGAAUUCAACAAAAUUUGUGCACCAAGUUCUUGUUUUUUAUUCAGUGAAUUACUUAUGACAUCAUGCCCAUUGUGAGAAAAUGCAAACCUUCCAUCAGCUCGGGAUAAGUUACUACCUGGAGUGUAUAAAAGAACAAAACCCACCGUGUAACCUCAUUGAGAAGGUGCUCUACCAAGAACACUGAUUCAGCAGAAUUGUGCUGCUCGUUUCACAGCUUGUUGCUGCAUUUCUCUAUUAAAGAUAACAGAAACUCACAGUUAAUCUCAACAGAGAUUUUCUCGUUUGAAAUGGAGUUCUCUAUCAAAAGCAUUUUUUUUAAUGCAACGCUCCACUUUUCCCAUUCACUGCGACAAUGUGCCUAACUUCUCUAUCACCUUUUAUUUACUCUCUUCUCUUUCUGUGUUGAUAAUGCAGCCUCCGUGAUCACAAGCUGCCUUGUAAACAUCAACUCGUAGAUAUUUUAUAUGGAGAUUAGCCACAUUUACUAACCAGUUUUAUAAUUUAUUUGUUCCUGUAAUCAGUGUGGAUUGUUUAUUUUGAGCGAACGUCGGUGACUCGCAGCUCUUACCCCCUGUGAUUUUGUGCAUGCUGAUGCGCCCACACGCUGUUUACUGAACUGAUCCGGCGCAUGGUUUUGAUUAGUUUCCAUCUACUUAUUGGCUGAGGCUCAAGUUAAUUAAAGCCCCAUGUUGUGCUAAUGUUUGUUUCUUUCUUAUAUUUUAUCUUCAGUCAGGAAAUUCAGCAUAUGUAGCAGUGCUGUAUAAGAGGCUGGUUUCAUUGCUGCACAUGUCGGUGCAGAUUCCUGUUUGGUCUGGGUGGCAGGCUGCUGUUUCUCACGCAGACAGGAAAAGCUGCAGAGUUAGAAGCAGAAAGAGGAUCCGUCUGAAAUAUUGAUGAGACACCAGACUUAUCUGCUUUGAGAGCAAAAAUUAUUUUUUCACACAAACCCCCCGAAAGUGACACAUCUGUUGUGUUAAUGCCUCUGUAUGCUUCUUUUUCGUACCUGCCUCUGUAUGGUGUUAGCGCUCGAUUCAGAGAGGUGAAAGGCCUCUCCAGAGACUCUCUGCCACCAGUGACAGAGAGCUUACCUCUUCUGAAUCUGACUCCAGCUCAUCUAGAUCAGUUUACAUCGACAUAAGGUCUCACUGAAGAACAUGUAGAUGGAAAAGCUUCCACAUCUCAACUGUCAUACCUGUGUCUUUGUCUGUAUUUGAAACAGGAUGGGAUUGUUUACGUCAACUGUGAAGCUCCUGGAAGCCAGUAGAUGACAACUUUUUCUCUUGUGCUUUAUUCUGCAUCUUCAAAGGAAACUUUUAGACAACUAGAGGGCUUUCUCUGUACUUUUAGCAUAGUGCUGUAAUUUCCAAACUGUAGUGCCUGUUCUGCAUAAAUAAUAAAAAAAAUAUUUCAUCUGAA